CACAGAUCUAGAGAGAGAGAGAGAGAAUGGAGGGAGCGGCCCAGACCGUCUUAAGCAAUGCUGGGCAGCUGUUGGGUGGGGAGUAUCGGCGACUCCUUGGCGUCGGCGGCGAGGUUGCUGAGCUGCGAGACGAUCUGGCCACCAUGAACGCCCUCCUCCGCAUGCAGUCCGAGGCCGAGGACGGCGCCGUGGACCACUUCAUCCGGGAGUGGAUGAAGCAGUUGCGCGAGCUCGCCUACGAUGCCGAGGACUGCGUUGACCUAUACAAGCUCCGCAUUAAGUCCAGACCGAACGACGGCCUGUGCGCCUGGUUGGAACGCCUGCUCGGGACGCUCUUGGAGCGCCGCCGCCUCGCCUCUGAAAUCAGCGCCCUCCGCGCCCGCGCCGUCGCCAUCAGCGAGCGCCACGCGAGGUACGGCGUCAACCGCGACGCGCUGCGCCGCUCCCCUUCUUCAUCUGCCCCUCCGGUGCUUGCGGCGUCCGCGUCUGCGCAUGCGCCUGCUGCUGACCACCACCAGCUCGUCGGCAUCGAGGACCAGGCGGACACCCUAGUCAAGCAGCUGAAGGCGCAGGCGGCCGGAGAGCUCUAUCUCAAGGUGUUCUCCAUAGUGGGGUUCGGGGGCCUUGGCAAGACUACGCUGGCAACGGAGGUGUGCCGGCGGUUGGAGGCGGAGUUCCCGUACCAGGCGAUGGUGUCGGUGUCUCAGGCGUUCGAGCCGGGCAGGGACCUCAAGGCGCUGCUCAAGCGCGUGCUUCAGCAGGUCGUCAAGCCUAAAACAGAGAAUGCGAAUGGCGUCAAGGAAGAGGAGAUCCUGGGAAUCGACGGCUUGGAUGACAAAGGCCUGGCUGUAAAAUUGGACCAGUGCCUCAAGGACAGGAGGUACCUCAUUGUGAUCGACGAUGUGUGGACAAUACGAGCAUGGCACGCAAUCCAACAUGUGUUGCCAGAGAACAAUUGUGGCAGCAGAAUCAUCGUGACCACUCGGAUAGAAAUGGUGGCCAAAUCAUGCAGUCCUGCUAAUGUUAGCGGACAUUGCAUCCAUCAAAUGAAGCCCCUCAAUUUGGAAGAUUCUAAGAAGCUGUUCCUCAGCAGAGCAUUUGGCUCUGUGGGUUACCCUAAGGAGCUUGAAGAUGUAAUGGUCAAUAUUUUGAAAAAAUGUGGUGGGCUACCAUUGGCCAUUGUUAGCAUUGCCAGCGUUUUGGCGGGCUACAAAUCACCAGAAAGUAAAUAUAAGUGGGAAACAAUUAGCAGGUCAAUUGGUUUUCAGAUGGAGAGCAACCCUACCCUUGAAGGGAUGAGGCAGAUACUCACACUCAGCUACAACCACUUGCCUCACGAGCUCAAGGGUUGCAUGAUGUACAUUAGUAUCUUUCCAGAGGAUUAUGAGAUCAACAAGAAACGACUCUUGAGAAGAUGGAUUGCCGAAGGAUUGGUUCUGGAGAAGCGAGGCUUGACCGUAAUGGAGGUUGCAGAAUCCUACUUGGACGAGCUAGUGAGCAGGAACAUGGUUGUACCGCAUUUCGGCAAUGAUGGUAAUGUGGAGUCGUGUCGGGUACAUGACAUGCUUCUUGAGGUCAUGGUUUCCAAGUCCCUAGAGUGUAACUUCAUCAGUCUGCUAGGAGGGCAAUAUGCAGCCAUGUCAUAUGACAAGAUCCGUCGCCUCUCAAUCCAGGGGGAUGACGACAGGAGGCCCCAGGGUGCAGAGCAGCACAAGAAGAAGCUGGCUGGAGAUGGCAUUGAGGGAAUGGAUGUGGAGCAUGUUCGAUCACUGAGCAUGUUUCAGCUCCAGGCGCACAAGAUGCUCGAUCAUCUAGACAAGUUCUCCCUACUGAGGGUACUUGACCUGGAAGAUUGCGAGGGCCUAACAAACGAUCAUAUGAGAUAUGUUUGCAGGUUGUACCUACUCAUGUUCUUGAGCGUGAAGGGUACAAAUAUCAGCAAGAUGCCUCCUGAAGUCGAAAAUCUAGAGCACUUGCAGACUCUUGAUACAGAUCGCACAUGCCUUGACGGGCUACCAGAAACUAUUACCAACUUGGAGAAACUUGAACGCAUAGAGUUCAGUAACAAGAAGAAAUGGUACGUUAUGUGGAAUCUGCCCCGGGGGCUCAGCAUGAUGAAGGCACUACGCGAGGUCGGUUUUGCAUUUCUCAGAAAUGACGUACAAGUUGCUAAAGAUCUGAGUGAUCUACAACAACUUCAAAGUUUAGCUAUGUACAUUGAAGACUGCGAGGAUGGCGCCGAGGUUCUCCAAGUGCUUGCCGAAUCCUUGAGUAAGCUAUGCUCCCUCCGGAAACUCGACAUAUCUAAUAUGAAUAUUAGAGAUGGAAAUAUGACCUUUCUCUAUAACCUCCCCACGCCGCCACGACUCCUCCGAUCCCUUAGGAUCGAGGGCGUCCUCGAUCAUGGUUUGCCUAGCUGGAUCGGGUCACUCACAUACCUUGUUGAGUUCACAAUCAUGCGCUCAAGGCUUGUUGAUGACCAACUAUUCGGCGCCCUGUGUAAGUUGCCCAACCUGAAGAGCAUCGGUAUGGAUCUGGGCUUCUACAGGGACAAAGUCUUAGUUGCACGCAAAAGCCACAAGUUCCCGGUACUCAGCAAACUGAUAGUGACCUCUAAAAUAGGAAUGCCCGAAGUUGUCCAAUUUGAGCAAGGAUCCAUGGCACAGCUUGAGACACUUGAAAUGGAAUUCAGUUAUCCGUGGCGGAGAAUUGUCGGCAUCAAGCAUUUGACCAAGCUCAAAGAGGUACAGCUCACGGGUAGCAAGCGCAACCGUUCACUACAACAUGCACUGGAUCAGCUGAAGACUGAGAACAGCAGGCGCGCCCAGUCCAAUUCCAAUCAGUUCCAAGUUGUGGUGAAGUACUAUUGAUCGCUCUGUUGCUGCUCUCUUUUUUUCAGACAUCAAAAUUAUUAGUUCCACUUGUUUAUUUAUUUGUAUCUGGUGUUGCUGCUUUUCCUUUCAUCCAAUGUAUGUAUUUCCCAAAUCGGAUUCCCAUUUAUUAGUUCGAGUCGUGUAUGGUAUACUUACUGUUACAGCUUUCGUUUGAAAAUAAAGUACUCCUAUUUGUU